AUGGCUUUCAAGUAAUUCAAAUUGUGCAAAAAAAGUGGGGAUGUGUAUGUAUAUAUAUAUAUAUGUGUGUGUGUGUGUGUGUGUGUGUGCGCGCGCAUGCGCUUGCGUGCACUUUCAGUGAUACAGGGGAAAUGUCUUCUGAAGAAAAUGUUGCAGUAAUUUUGGGAAUGAAAUUUUUCACCAACCUUCGCAGAAAUUCUCAGGAUGGGAUUACCACAUUAAAAUGAUCUCAUCCGUGUAACAUAAAAUGAAUGUGCCUCAUUUACUCUGUCAAGGCUGCAGUGGGGAUUUAGCUUCACUUAACAACAUAACACUUAACAACUCAAUGAAGCCACUCUUGGGUUAUUUACUUCUGUGUGCUUGUGUACCUGUGUCUCCCUUGUAUCUAUUAGGGACCAUUCUCUUGCCUUUCCUUUGAUAUCCAUGCUACUGAUUACUUCUGCCGUUUUAAUUUUAGAGAAAGUGCUUAAUUUAAAAAUGAUCUGUACUAUAAAAUAACAGUGGUAACAAUACAUUGAAGGCAAGUAAAUAUUUUGGGGAGGGUGGUCCCAGAGCCCUAGCGCCACCAUCCCAGAGGGGAUACAGUGGUACCUCGGGUUAAGUACUUAAUUCGUUCCGGAGGUCCAACCUAGCAGUUCAAAAGCAGGUCAAAGUGCAAGUAGAUAAAUAGGUACCGCUCCGGCGGAAAGGUAAAUGGCGUUUCCGUGCGCUGCUCUGGUUUGCCAGAAGCGGCUUAGUCAUGCUGGCCACAUGACCCGGAAGCCACAUGGCUCUCUCAGCCAAUAAAGCGAGAUGAGCACAGCAACCCCAGAGUCGCCCACAACGGUCAGGGGUCCCUUUACCUUUACCUUUACCUUACCCAGAUACUUAGGAAGUGGAAGUAAUUUUAAUAUUUUAGCUUUUGUAUGUUUUAAAGUAGGGUUGUAAAUUUUUCUUGAUUUUACUGCUGUGGUGUUCUUUUUGUUUGCUUGGGGAAACCCCUCUGCAGGUUUUUAAAAAUAAAUUUUAUUCAAUUAAUAAUAAUAAUAAUAAUAAUAAUAAUAAUUUAUUAUUUGUACCCCGCCCAUCUGGCUGGGUUCCCCCAGCCACUCUGGGUGGCUUCCAACAAAGAUAAAAAAUACACUAAAAUGUCACAUAUUAAAAACUUCCCUGAACAGGGCUGCCUUCAGAUGUCUUCUGAAUGUCAGGUAGUUGUUUAUCGCUUUGACAAGAAAUAUAAAUAAAUUAACACAAGCCAAAACACAAUCCAUCCUAAGUAUCUCUCCACAGUGCCGUUCCUUAAAAUACCAUCUGAACAAAAUUGGUGAAGCAGUAAAGAGUUCAUUGAGGACAAUAGGUUCUUGCAAAAGCGGGAGUCCAAAGCAGGCACAGUCCAGCUGGGGCAAGGAAUGAGUUUAUAUUCCCUAUGCACACGUUCCCUCCCUCGCCUUCCCAUUGGUUGGGUGCUACAAGGUUUUCCUUCCCCCAAUUAUCAAAUAACAGACAUGAGGCUGAACGUGGGGAGAAUUUCUCCUUCCCCCUCAGAGUUGCCUCCACUUCCGGCUUCACCAGCAGAGAUAAUAUUGGGGCUUGGAAAGGAGGGAGGGAGGGGAGGAGGCGGGAAUCGGGGCUGCAUCGUGCGGAGGCGGAGGAGGGGGCUUCUUCCUAAUCAAGCCUCCUAAUUAAGCGCCCUCACUCCCUGCCUCCCCCGCGGGGGCUCCCAUUCCCGCCCCCGCUGCCCAGGAUUUCGGGUGAGUGCAAAGCCAAUGGCGGGGAAGGAGGGAAGGGGCUUUGCGAGGGGGUCCAGGAGGAGAAGCCCCUGAACGGGGAGGGGGAGAAGGGAGGAAAGGGAGCUGUUUCCUUAAAGGGGGCCUUGAAGGGGAAGGGGGGGGGAGAAGCUUCCUCCUGCAGGGAUCUGGUGGAAAGGGAGUUGCAGGGAAGGAGGCAGGAGAGGGGAGAGGGGUGGGCAUUGCUGGCCAGGUUUGCAAUAAUAAUAAUAAUAACAAUAAUAAUUUUGAUAUUUAUAUCCCGACCAUCUGGCUAGGUUUCACCAGCCUCUCUGGGCAGCUAACAACAUCUAUAAAAUGUCAAAUGUUAAAAACUUCCCAAUACAAGGCUGCCUCCAUAUGUCUUCUAAAAGUUCUGUAGUUCUUUAUCUCUUUGACGCUGGAAGUGAGGGCGCCAUUACCUAGAACUCCCUCUGCCUGCCCUGAAACUUCACUUCUCGCAGUGAGAGAACUGGCAGAAGAACCUCGUAGGAGGACCUCAGUGUCCUGGCUUCCUUCCUUAUCUUUAGGCACCAGGCCAAAGCAUUGCUCUUCUCCCAGGCGUUUGGCUCAUUAAACAAUCUAUGGACUUCACAACUGCAUGGGGGGCGGCGGGAGGGUUGUCAUUUUUAUUUCUUACUCUGCUAUGCAUCUCUGUGGUUUUUUUUCUUGUAAGCUGCCCUGUGAUCUUUGGAGGAAGGGCAGUAUAGAAAUGUAAAGAAUAGCUGUAAAAAUAGGAAGCCCUGUUGUGUUCAAGGGAGAGGUUGAGACAGAGUCUCUGACCAGCAAUGUAUACCAGGACAUGCUUAGGAUGGAAUAUUAUUAUUAUUAUUUUAUUAUUAAUUCAUUACUUGCACCCUGUCUAUCUGACUGUGUUGCCUCAGCCACUCUGGGCAGCUUCCAACAAAAUAAAAACAUUAAAACAUCAAAAACUUCCCUGUACAGUGGUACCUCAGGUUAAGUACUUAAUUCCUUAAGUACUUAGUCCGUACUUAACCUGAAACUCUCCUUAACCUGAAGCACCACUUUAACUAACUGGGUCUCCUGCUGCUGCCGCGCCGCUGGAGCAUGAUUUCUGUUCUCAUCCUGAAGUAAAGUUCUUAACCUGAAGCUCUAUUUCUGGGUUUGCGGAGUCGGUAACCUGAAGCGUAUGUAACCUGACGUACCACUGUACAGGGCUGCCAUCGGAGGUCUUCCAGUUUGGCCUUUGAUUUUUCAAGAAAUGCCCUCUUUAAGGAAUCUGCUCUUUAAGGAGCAGUGCUCCAAAGUGCUUAUUUUGUGAACUUGCCGUCUAAGUUGUUUACUCCUGACCAAAGCUCCUGUUUCCCAAAAGGACAGGAGGGGGAGCAGAGGAGGAAACGGAUGGGUUUGAAGGCUCCUUCCACAAGCCACCUCUCUCCCCUGAGCAACAAGAGCAAAGGGUGUUUGCAGGGCAGGAGGACAGAGGAGGAGGCAGUGAGGGAAGAGGGACGAGUGGGCGGAUCCCCCGCCUCUCCGAGGGGGUCCAGAUGCAAGCAAGGGGCUUCCUUCUUCUCCAUGCAAGGGCCACCCAUGUAUUCAGAGCAGUCCUUUGCAGAUGAACUCUUAAGUUCCAAGGGAUCUACUCUCAGGCCACUAAUGUGCAUACCAUGCCAGCCUUAGGAAGGGAGGUGGGACAGGCAGGUGAAAGGAAUUUGCAAGGGUGUUUGAAAAUGGGUGGAGGAUCUUGGGAAGGGGGUAUCCAGUUGGGGUUUCUCCAGGGGCAGCAGAAUGUCUUGGGCAGGAGAAUCCCGGCAGGGCCUCUCAGACUCCCUUGGCUUCUUCUUCCCUCCCUCCCAGGAAGCUGCAACUUGCUCUGGCUUCUGCGCUCCUCAGGAAGCUGAACCUGCAAACCUAGCUGAGACUGAACCUGCAACCCUGGCCAGGAUGGAAGGAGGAAGAUGGACGGGUGACCUGGUCAGGCCCUCUCCCGCAUCCCUCCCCACAACCUCUGAGCAUUCCCUCCCAGGACCCUUGGAGAAAUCUGGUGAGUUCCAGGGGAGAGAGGAGAUGGGGAGAGGGAUAGAUGGAAGGUGGUGGGAGAAAGAGGAAAAGAUGGAGAGGAGACAAAUGGAAGGAAGUUCCUGACAGGAAGAAGGAAGGGGUGAGGCCUUCUCCAAAGCAGCUCUUUGUUUCUUGAAUCCCUUUCAUAAAGUAGUGGGGGCAGACUUUCUUCCUCCAGGAUUUUAAAUCUUAGGAGUUACAGUGGUACCUCGGGACUCAAACUUAAUUGUUCCGGAAGUCUUCCAAAACCAAAGCGUUCCUAAACCAAGGCAUGUUUUCCCAUAGAAAGUAAUGCAUUAAUCCAUUCCAGACUUUUAAAAACAACCCCUAAAACAGCAAUGUAACAUGAAUUUUACUAUCUAAAAAGACCAUUGAUCCAUAAAAAGAAAGCAAUAAUCAAUGUUCUGUACCAUAAAAUAAAUAAGACGGCAUUGUAGAUGAAAAAAAUUAAAAUUAAUUUUUUUUGUACCUGCACUGAUUAUAGUCAUUGAUUAAAUGGGGGGCUUUUAUGCCUUUCCACAGUCAAUCUAUAAAUCAAUCAUAAAACAAAAACAAGCCUCAGUCAAAAAUGAAAAAGCCACAAAAACACAAAAAAUAGGAAAAAACUAAAGCAGCAAAUGUCACCUCAGAACACUGCAGCCAGGAAUGGCUUGAAUAUUGAUGGGGGCGGAGGAGCUUAAAUUAGCUGUGCAAGGGAACAAAUGGCCUUGAUUACGAUGGAGACAACUUAAAUUAGCUGCUCAAGGGUAAAACGGAAUGAAAAAAAGCCUUAAAUAGGAUGGGGGGCACCUAAAGUUACUGCGCAACAGUACAAAUGGAAGCUCAGGAGCACGUUCGGUUUCCGAGGCAAACUUCAAAAACAGGAGCACCUACUUCUGGGUUUGCAAAUGAUGAAUCAACAGAAGCAUAGUCAAUCUAUGGACUUCCCUCUUUUUUUGAAAUAUUUUUAUUGUUUUUUACAAAUACAAGUUUAUAUCAAAGACAUUUUUCUAAUCAUUUCAUGAGAUUCUCUGAAUCACAUGACUUCGCUCCAUCCCUUUCAUGGGUCCUUAUAUUAAUUUUUUCAAAACUACAUACAGUGGUACCUCCGUUUGCAAACGGGAUCCGGUAAGGAGCCCCAGACAGAGCCCGAAUUUUUUGCAAACCGGAGGACCGCUUCUGUACACGCACACGGCGCAAUAGAGUGUUUCUACGCAUGCGAGCAACAAAACCCGGAAAAAUACCAGAGGGUUAUGUAACACAAUAUACUAGUGUAUAGAUACAUUCUCCACAGUUUUCAUUUAUCUAAAUUGUGCAUAAACCUAUUUACAAGUGAUUCCUAAAGUCCAGCUAAAUUUUUGAUUUGCGUGCAGUAAUCUCAUAGGUAAAUUAUAAAAUUUCCCCAUUCUUUUUUAAAGUCCUUGUUUUCUUGAUUCCCGAGUCUCGCGGCUAAUUUUGCCAUUUCGGCAGAGUCCAGCAGUUUGGCUUGCCAUUCUUCCCUAGUUGGGAUUAUUGCAUCUUUCCAUCGUUGGGAUAAUAACAUCUGUGCAGCUGUUGUCGCAUACAUAGUCUUUCCUGGUCUUUUGCGAUCUCAGUACCUGUAAUUCCAAAUAAAUAUGCUUCUACAUUCUUAACAAACAUUAUUUUAAACAUUUUUUCCCAAUUCAUUAUAUUUGUUGUUGUUGUUUAGCCGUUUAGUCGUGUCCAACUUUUCAUGACCCCAUGGACCAGAGCACGCCAGGCACUUCUGUCUUCCACUGCUUCCCGCAGUUUUGUCAAACCCAUGCUGGUAGUUUCGUGAACACUAUCCAACCAUCUCGUCCUCUGUCGUCCCCUUCUCCUUGGGCCCCCAUCUUUCCCAACAUUAGGGUCUUUUCCAGGGAGUCUUCUCUUCUCAUGAGGUGGCCAAAGUAUUGGAGCCUCAGCUUCAGGAUCUGUCCUUCCAGUGAGCACUCAGGGCUGAUUUCCUUAAGAAUGGAUAGGUUUGAUCUUCUUUCAGUCCAUGGGACUCUCAAGAGUCUCCUCCAGCACCAUAAUUUAAAGGCAUCAAUUCUUCGGCGAUCAGCUUUCUUUAUGGUCCAGCUUUCACUUCCAUACAUCACUACUGAGAAAACCAUAGCUUUUACUGUAUGGACCUUUGUUGGCAAGGUGAUGUCUCUACUUUUUCAUUAUAUACCAUUUCCCAAAAUGAUACUGUUAUCUUACAUGACCACCACAUAUAGCAAACGGUACCCACUUCCUCUUUACACUUCCCUCAGAUAUUUGAACUUUAUACAUUUUAGAUAACUUACUAGGAGUCAAAUACCACCAGUAUAUCAUUUUCAUGUAGUUUUCUUUCAAUGUACAGCAAGCUGUGAAUUUCAGAUCUGUUUUCCAAAGCCUCUCCCAAUCUGCCAUUUGUAUGUUAUGUCCUAAGUCCCUUUCCCAUUUCGUCAUAACUGAUUUGACCUGUUCAUCCUUUAUAUACCGUUCUAGGAGCAAAUUACACAUUUUAGACAGAUCUUUUUAUGUUACUUCCUAAGAGUUCUUUUUGAAAUGUGAUGUCUCUUAACUAAAACCUUUCUUUUUGUCUAUCUUAAAGAUAUCGUUUAGUUGAUAGUACUGUAACCAGUCAGUUAAAGCUUCCCUUAUCUCUUCAAAAUCUUUUAAUUUCAGUUGGUUUUCAACUUCAGUUAACAGCUCUCUAUAAGUCGGCUGAUAACUUCUCAUAUUCAAUUUUUUUCCGAGAUAUUACUUCCAAGGGGGAAAGCCACCAGGGUGUUUUUUACUCAAGCAAAUUUUUAUACUUCUCCCAUACCCUACAAAUUGGUUUUCUUACUAUAUGAUUCUUAAAAGCUCUAAACACCUUGGCCUUUUCCUACCAUAAAUAUGCAUGCUAUCCAUUAUUUGUGUUCGUCCAGAUCUAAAAUACAGUAUCUGUGUUUUCCAUUCCCGGUUCUAGCAGAUACAGGAUGCUUCAUAAUAAAGUUUUGUAAUGGUUAUAGGGGUUGCUCGUGCGUAAGUUGCCGCCACUCCUGGCUAGGUUGCCUGGUUAAACCUUUUCUGUCUGGACAGCCCUUCACUUCGUGGCUGUUUCAGUCGCUAGCAGAAUCCGUCAAUGGGCGUUUCUUGAACCUCUUCCAGCAAAGAAGUUCUUUGACGCCAAGUCUCCGCCUACUCUCCCUGCACGGAAGUCUUCUGCGCAGGGUGGGUGUGGGCAGCGGAGGACCUGUUCUCUCCCCGCUGGUCUCUGGCGAGGAGUCCUGGAGCCCCCUCGCCGAUUCCCCCAUCUGCCCCCUUUAUCCCUGGUGUUACGCUGAUUUCCUUCCCCAGCCGAUGAGCUGCCUCUCUCCCUGCUGGGCCCUUCUCCAGCAUCGCUUGGGAGCCUUGCCUCCGCCUCUAGCUCCAAUGGCAGUUCCCUGACAAGUUUCAAAUCCGGCAGGGCGAAACCUCCUCUCUCUCUCUCUUACAUCUGUUAAUAAUUUAUUUUUUAUACUUGAUUUCGUCCCUUGUCAGAUAAACCUAGAUAUAUCUUCUUGCCAUUUUUCAAAGCAUCCUGCGUUGCCUAUUGCCAGGACUGAUUGGAAUAAAAAUAACAUUUUUGGCAAUACAUUCAUUUUUAUUACUGAUAUUCUUCCCCAAAAUGAUAAAUUCAUUCUUCCCCAUAUCUCUAAAGCUCUUUUUAUUUCUUUCCACUCAUUCUUGUAAUUGUCUUUAAAAAUAUUAAUAUUCUUAGCUGUCAAACAAAUACCUCAGUAUUUGACUUUGUUAUGUAUAACUAACUCUGUUUUCUGUUGUAAUUCCUUUUGAUCUUCCUCCAUUGUGUUUUUUACCAAAAACUUAGUCUUAUUCUUGUUUAGUUUAAAGCCUCCGGCCUGCCCGAAGUCCUGUAUCUUUUCUACCACCUUCGGUGGAGUACCGUAUUUUUCGCUCUAUAACACGCACCUGACCAUAACACGCACAUCGUUUUUAGAGGAGGAAAACAAGGAAAAAAAUUCUGAAUGAAACAGUGGAUGUAUCAUUUUUGUGCUUCAUGCUGUGGCCACAGACAUGUGAUCUGAUGGUGAAUUUGGGGUAGCUCAAUGCAAAGAUCCUGAGGAUCCAUGUGGAUCCAUGCUUUUUAACCACGUUUUUGCACCAUUGCAGCCCCAGGCAACAGUGGGUGUGUGAUUUUGGGGGGGCAGGCUGCUAUGUGAUCUGAUGGUGAAUUUGGGGUGGCCCAAUGCAAAGAUCCUGAGGAUCCAUGUGGAUCCAUGCUUUUUAACCACAUUUUUGCACCAUUGCAGCCCCAGGCAACAGUGGGUGUGUGAUUUUAGGGGGGCAGGCUGCUAUGUGAUCUGAUGGUGAAUUUGGGGUGGCCCAAUGCAAAGAUCCUGAGGAUCCAUGUGGAUCCAUGCUUUUUAACCACAUUUUUGCACCAUUGCAGCCCCAGGCAACAGUGGGUGUGUGAUUUUUGGGGGGCAGGCUGCUAUGUGAUCUGAUGGUGAAUUUGGGGUGGCCCAAUGCAAAGAUCCUGAGGAUCCAUGUGGAUCCAUGCUUUUUAACCACAUUUUUGCACCAUUGCAGCCCCAGGCAACAGUGGGUAUGUGAUUUUAGGGGGGCAGGCUGCUAUGUGAUCUGAUGGUGAAUUUGGGGUGGCCCAAUGCAAAGAUCCUGAGGAUCCAUGUGGAUCCAUGCUUUUUAACCACGUUUUUGCACCAUUGCAGCCCCAGGCAACAGUGGGUAUGUGAUUUUAGGGGGGCAGGCUGCUAUGUGAUCUGAUGGUGAAUUUGGGGUGGCCCAAUGCAAAGAUCCUGAGGAUCCAUGUGGAUCCAUGCUUUGUAACUACAUUUUAAGUGGGGAGUGAAGGAAAAACACAGAAGGGACAAGAGAGCGGUGUGCAGAGAAUCAGCUGGCUAAGAAAGCAGGAGAGGGAUUUUACGGGAGGAAGGAAAGGAAGGCAAAAGUUUCCACAAACCGAAGCCAGCUUUCUCUCUCCUCCUGCAUGUUUUCUGGCUGCCUGCGAGGAGCACGAGGAGCACGGAGAGGAAUUAGAAGGAAAGACCUCUGCUUUCCCCUCUGCUUGCCUGGAGGGGAGGGGCUUUCCCUGCUCUUUGUUCUGUUUGAGCAAACACAGCAACGAAACAGAGGAGGGUGGGCAGUAAGACUCUGAGGCAGAAUGCAGGAAAGCAACCACUUCCUCUUUUCAGGUUUCCCUCUCCGACACAACGCACGAUUGAUUUUUGCUGAUUUUUGUUCCUGCGCUCCCCUAAUCGGCUCCAGGGACCCCCCACAUUCGCUCCAUAACACGCACAGACAUUUCCCCUUACUUUUUAGGAGAAACAAUCUGCGUGUAAUAGAGAGAAAAAUACGGUAUUUUUGGGAUCCACUAUAAUUACAAUUACUGUAAAAGCUUUUAAUUUAUAUGCUUUAUUUUCUACUGUUAUUCCUGUAAUUAAUUUCUCCACUUUUUCUCUCUCGCCAGGGCCUCUAAUACCAAAAUAAAUAAUAAUGGUGAUAGGGUAUCCUUGUCUUGUCCCCUUCAUUAUUUUACACUUUUCUGUUAUAACCUUAUUAACAAUCAGCAUAGACUGUUGGUAAAAAUAAAUUGCUUCCCCAUAAUUCAUUUUUUCUUUUAUAUUUUUCAUAAAAGCCCAUGAAACAUUAUCAAAGGCCUUUUCAGCACCUAUAAACAUUAAGGCCACUUUUUUUUCAUUUCUUACUUUCAAAUAUUCAAUAAUAUCAAUUAUAUUCCUUAUAUUCUCCUUCAUCUGACGUCCUGGUAGAAAGCAGGCCUGCUUGUGAUGAAUUUUUUCUGCUAAAACACCUUUUAUUCUAUUGCCCAAGAUAUGAGCAAUAGUCUAAAUGGAUUUCUAUGGACUUCCAUCCUACAGGAGUGAUGGCCAACAACUUGGAUAGCUUGAAAAAGAGGAUUAGACUGAAAGCACAGGAAGGCAGGGGGCUCUUGUACUCAAAUCCUGCUUGCUGGUUUACUGCAGGCAUUUAGUUGACCACUGUGAGAACAGGAUGCUGGACUAGGGGGGCCUUUGCUCAAUCGAACAGGCUCUUCUUAUGUUCUAAUACAGGCAUCCCCAAACUUGGCCCUCCAGAUGUUUUGGGACUACAACUCCCAAUGUCCCUAGCUAACAGGAUCAGUGGUCAGGGAUGAUGGGAAUUGUAGUCCCAAAACAUCUGGAGGGCCAAGUUUGGGGAUGCCUGUUCUAAUAUAUUGCAAUAUUUUUACAGUUACAUGUGGCAUAGGUAACACAAAAGUUUUACUUCUUAGUCAUAGGAGAGACUGCUAUUCAAGCCUGUGAUCAUUUCCUCCCUGGAAAAAGAGAAAUACUGUGGUACCUCGGGUUACAUACGCUUCAGGUUACAUAUGCUUCAGGUUACAGACUCUGCUCACCCAGAAAUAGUGCUUCAGGUUAAGAACUUUGCUUCAGGAUGAGAACAGAAAUCGUGCUCCGGCGGUGAAGGCCCCAUUAGCUAAAAUGCUGCUUCAGCAUAAGAACAGUUUCAGGUUAAGUACGGACCUCCAGAACGAAUUAAGUACUUAACCCGAGGUACCACUGUACAGAGAUGUGUCUAAGAAGCCAGUUCCACCAUAAAUUAUAACAUAAAUGCAUUUUAUUAAGUGAAUGGAGUGAUCAUGUCUCAUUCUUGCCAUUAUCACAUCUACAUUCCUAGAAGUUUGGAACGUAAGAGAGGACAGUGGAGAAUGGAGACUGUUAAAAUAAGAGACAGUGCAUAUUGGGAUUAACGUGUUUUUUAGUUCCUUUCUUUUCUUUCUUGAAAGUCUUAACAGGAUUCUCUCCCCCCCCCCCCACUCCCAAACAGGUGAGGAAGAUGAUGGCCAGAAUUCUAUGGAGUCAUCUGUGAAAUCAUUGGGAAGAACAAAGAAACAGUUUAAAUGCCUGGAGUGUGGGAUGUGCUUUAGUCACAGUGGAAGACUGAGAAGACACCAACAAACUCAUACAGGGGAGAAACCAUUUGCAUGUAUUGAAUGUGGAAAGAGCUUCAGUAAAAACGGAGCACUUAGAAUACACCAACGAACUCACACAGGGGAGAAACCAUUUCAAUGUAUUGAAUGUGGAAAGAGCUUCAGUGUAAGUGGAAACCUUAGAAAACACCAAAAAACUCACACGGGGGAGAAACCAUUUGAAUGUAUUGAAUGUGGAAAGAGCUUCAUUAAAAGUGGAGCACUUAGAAGACACCAACAAACUCACACAGGGGAGAAACCAUUUCAAUGUAUUGAAUGUGGAAAGAGCUUCAGUCAAAACGGAGCACUUAGAAUACACCAACGAACUCACACAGGGGAGAAACCAUUUGCAUGUAUUGAAUGUGGAAAGUGCUUCAGUGAAAGUGGAACACUUAGAAAACACCAAAAAACUCACACGGGGGAGAAACCAUUUGAAUGUAUUGAAUGUGGAAAGUGCUUCAGUCUAAACGGAGCACUUAGAAUACACCAACGAACUCACACAGGGAAUAAACCAUUUAAAUGUAUUGAAUGUGGAAAGAGUUUCAGUGAAAGUGGAGCACUUAGAAGACACCAAAAAACUCACACGGGGGAGAAACCAUUUCAGUGUAUUGAAUGUGGAAAGAUCUUCAGUCGAUAUGAAGCACUUAGAAUACACCAACGAACUCACACAGGGGAGAAACCAUUUAAAUGUAUUGAAUGUGGAAAGAGCUUCAGUGAAAGUGGAACACUUAGAAAACACCAAAAAACUCACACGGGGGAGAAACCAUUUGAAUGUAUUGAAUGUGGAAAGAGCUUCGGUGAAAGUGGAACACUUAGAAGACACCUACAAACUCACACGGGGGAGAAACCAUUUGAAUGUAUUGAAUGUGGAAAGUGCUUCAGUCAAAACGGAGCACUUAGAAUACACCAACUAACUCACACAGGGGAGAAACCAUUUAAAUGUAUUGAAUGUGGAAAGAUCUUCAGUCGAUAUGAAACACUUAGAAUGCACCAACGAACUCACAUUGGGGAGAAACCAUUUAAAUGUAUUGAAUGUGGAAAGAGCUUCGGUGAAAGUGGAGCACUUAGAAGACACCAACUAACUCACACGGGGGAGAAACCAUUUAAAUGUAUUGAAUGUGGAAAGUGCUUCAGUCUAACUGAAAGCCUUAGAAGACAUCAACGAACUCACACGGGGGAGACACCAUUUAAAUGUAUUGAAUGUGGAAAGAGCUUCAGUCAAAAUGGAACACUUAGAAGACACCAACGAACUCACACAGGAGAAACCAUUUAA